CGAUCGCAUCUGCAGCAGCUGCAGCUCGAGCCCUUCUUCGAGCAUCCAAUCGCGCGCAGGAGGUGGGCUCUCGCGCGUCUGUCACCAUCCGAGCUAGAACGCGCAGGAGGGUGUGCAUCUCUCAGUUAAUGGCACGGGAGCCGGCAUUAUACCAGUGACAGAGUAAAAGCGUCAUCCAGCGUGCCUAAAGUCAGGGUUGGCUAUUUCAUCCGUUUGUACCCGAGCAAAGGGACACAGCAGCGUUAUUGUGUGUGUAUGUCAGUUCAUUGAUUGUGCACAACAUCCAGUUUUGGGAAAAGCGUCUGUAGCUGAGCCAAGCAAGAUGAUAGCAGCGCAGCUUCUGGCCUAUUACUUCACCGAACUGAAGGAUGACCAGCUCAAAAAGAUUGACAAGUACCUUUAUGCCAUGCGAUUGUCAGAUGAGACAUUACUUGACAUCACAGGACGCUUCAGAAGAGAGAUGGAAAAUGGUCUUUCCAGAGAUUUCAAUCCAACAUGCUCUGUAAAGAUGUUGCCCACAUUUGUUAGGUCAAUUCCAGAUGGAACGGAAAGGGGAGACUUCAUUGCUUUGGACUUGGGUGGAUCCUUUUUUCGUAUUUUGAGAGUGAAGGUUUCUCAUGACAAAAAGCAGAUGGUGCAGAUGGAGUCCCAGGUCUAUGAUACCCCAGAAGACAUCAUUCAUGGCACUGGAAUCCGGUUGUUUGACCACGUUGCUGAGUGCCUUGGAGAUUUCAUGGCGAAGCAAGAGAUCAAAGAUAAGAAACUGCCUGUCGGCUUCACGUUCUCCUUCCCGUGUCGACAAACCAAGCUUGAUGAGGCUGUUUUGAUUACAUGGACAAAGAAAUUCAAAGCGAGUGGAGUAGAGGGAGCUGAUGUGGUGAAAUUAUUAAACAAAGCCAUCAAGAAACGAGGGGAUUAUGAUGCCGAUAUCAUAGCCGUAGUAAAUGAUACUGUUGGAACCAUGAUGACCUGUGGCUUUGAUGACCAACGCUGUGAAGUCGGAAUUAUUAUAGGUACAGGUACAAAUGCGUGUUACAUGGAGGAGCUGCGACACAUUGACCUAGUGGAAGGUGAUGAAGGCCGAAUGUGCAUCAACACAGAGUGGGGGGCAUUUGGAGAUGAUGGCGAACUUGAAGACAUCAGAACAGAGUUUGACAAAGAGAUAGACAGAGGAUCUCUUAAUCCAGGGAAACAACUGUUUGAGAAGUUGACCAGUGGGAUGUAUAUGGGUGAACUUGUAAGGCUUAUUCUGGUAAAGAUGGCCAAAGAGGGUCUGCUUUUUGAAGGACGAAUCACGCCAGAGCUUCUAACCAAAGGCAAACUUACUACUAAAGACGUUUCUGCAAUGGAAAAAAGCAAAGACGGUUUGUCUAAAGCCAAAGAUAUUCUUACUCGCCUGGGAGUUGAACCAUCGCAGGAGGACUGUGUAGCCGUGCAGCAUGUGUGUACAAUCGUUUCAUUUCGUUCUGCUAACUUGGUUGCUGCUUGUCUUGGUGCUAUCUUGACUCGCCUACGAGACAAUAAAGGUGUGCCCCGAUUGCGGACUACAGUUGGUGUUGACGGAUCUCUGUACAAGAUGCAUCCGCAAUACUGCAGACGUCUACAGAAGACAGUACGGCGUUUAAAUCCUGACUGUGAUGUUCGAUUCCUCCUGUCAGAAAGUGGCAGUGGAAAGGGUGCAGCCAUGGUGACAGCAGUCGCUCAUCGACUUGCAGAACAGCGGAGACAGAUUGAUGCAACACUGGCCCAGUUUGAACUCAGCAAUGAGCAGCUAAUGGAAGUAAAAAAACGAAUGCGGAUUGAAAUAGAUGCAGGCCUACGGAAAAAAACACAUGAGAAUGCAACAGUAAAAAUGCUGCCAACAUUUGUUCGUAGCACUCCAGAUGGCACAGAAAAUGGUGAUUUCUUAGCACUUGAUCUGGGAGGCACUAACUUCCGAGUUCUUCUUGUCGCAAUUCGUAGUGGUAAACGGAGAAGUGUGGAAAUGCACAAUAAAAUUUAUGCUAUUCCCGUAGAAGUGAUGCAGGGCACAGGAGAAGAACUCUUUGACCACAUUGUGCACUGUAUCUCAGACUUUCUGGACUAUAUGGGAAUGAAGGGAGCACGACUUCCACUCGGAUUUACAUUUUCCUUCCCUUGCAAGCAGACAAGCUUGGAUGCGGGUAUCCUACUGAAGUGGACGAAAGGCUUUAAGGCAACUGACUGCGAAGGAGAAGAUGUGGUUGGCCUGCUGCGGGAAGCAAUUAAAAGGAGAGAGGAAUUUGAACUAGAUAUUGUUGCAGUCGUGAAUGACACCGUGGGAACAAUGAUGACAUGCGCAUACGAAGAUUCAAACUGUGAAAUUGGCCUUAUUGUAGGAACCGGCAGCAAUGCAUGUUAUAUGGAAGAAAUGAGGAACAUCGAAAUGGUAGAUGGUGAUGAGGGAAGGAUGUGUGUUAACAUGGAAUGGGGUGCAUUUGGUGACAACGGAUGCCUAGAUGACAUCAGGACAACUUCUGAUAAAGCUGUGGAUGAACUGUCACUGAAUUCAGGAAAGCAGAGAUACGAAAAAAUGAUAAGCGGAAUGUACCUGGGAGAAAUUGUUCGCAACAUUCUGAUUGACUUCACUAAACGAGGAUUUCUCUUUCGAGGUCAGAUAUCAGAGGCAUUGAAGACUAGAAGCAUCUUUGAAACAAAAUUCCUAUCACAGAUUGAGAGUGACAGACUCGCCUUGCUGCAAGUUCGAGCCAUUCUUCAACAAUUGGGACUCAACAGUACAUGCGAUGACAGUAUAAUUGUGAAAGAAGUGUGCGGUGCAGUUUCCAGACGAGCCGCCAAACUUUGUGGAGCAGGAAUGGCAGCGGUGGUGGACAAGAUACGAGAGAACAGGGGGAUGGAGCAUCUCGAUGUUACGGUUGGCGUUGAUGGAACACUCUACAAACUGCACCCACACUUUUCUAAAAUAAUGAAGCACACAGUGAAAGAGCUUGCCCCAAAAUGUGAUGUAACCUUCCUUCUGUCUGAAGACGGUAGUGGUAAAGGAGCUGCCCUGAUUACGGCUGUUGGUUGUCGACUUCGACAAAUGGAACAGAAGUAAACUAUGGAGUGUUACCUGUGAGCUGAACUCCGCAUUCUUUGAGCACCUGCCUUCCUUUUUUGUACAGAAGUAUAGUCCAGUCAGACAUACCACAAUGGGUGACCUCCUUAAAGCACACUGAACCUUGGACAUGUAUUGAAGGUCGUCAUAAAAACAGGACUUGGAUUCUACGCAUAAAAUGUCAACAUUCUGUACCAAUUAUUUUGUGGUAGGAUAACAUUGUUAAGACAAAACAGAAUAAUUUAGAACUGUUGGGAUAACCAGUCUAGCUACACCAUGUGGAUAUAAAUAGAAAUGUGUAAUUAAAAUGACCAGCUGUUGACAUGUAUGCUAAACCAAGCUUACAGGAUAGAUGUUAUUCACAUUUUUGUCACAUUUUGGGUCUGUGUUUGUGUUUAUUGUUCAGAAUUGCAUUCUUCACUAGUAAGUUUCACUCUUCCGUACUUGGAAAGCAAGUCUUUCAUAUGAGAUCAAAUAUUUAUUAGUAGUCCUUGUUGCAUUUCAUAGCUUUGCCACAACUGUCUUUGUCAUUAUUAAUUUAUUUUAUUUUAUUUUAUUUUAUUUUUUUUUUUUUGUAAAAUAGCACAGCACUCUGUAUACCCAGUGUUUGACAACUCCUGGAAGUAAAACACUGGUGAAAAAGUAGAUAUAUAUUCAAAGAUCAGUGUUUUGAAACUUGUCACUAUUGUAUCUGAAUGUACUGAUGUCUGUUAUGAAAAGAGUAAAAUAAUACAUAAUUUGAAAAAAGUAUACUGGUAUGGAAGCAUGUCCCUCUUAAACAGUGCUAUGGCUGUAAGUUAAGAGGUUUAGUAAACUGACAAAGAGAAGGCACCCGUGGAAUGAGAGGAAAGCAUCUGGCACAGAAGGUCAAAAAUCAACUACUUUUCCCAAGUAAUUGUAGCAGAUGAGUCAAUACAAGAUUGUCAGUGUGAGACUAGAACAGCAUUAGUGAGACUGGAACAGCAGUAGCCGUGUCAGCUGUGUUUUCUGUCUUCAUACCCGUUUGUUGUACCCAAGUCACAAAUAAGCUCCACUGUCCAGUGUGUGACUCCUGUUGUUUGCCUUUGCUUCUAUGAAUGUGGUGCUGUGCUACAUAGGAUGCGGUGUAUUGCAGAACAUGUCUACCAAGGCAUUAUAUCCACUGGUGGCAAUGGCAUGUUAGUGUGAGUUUUUUAAUAUCCUGUGAUUGAAUGUUGUGAGUGUGUAAUGCGGAUGAUUUCUUUUGCAGGUUUAAUGUCCAGACUACCUAAACAAUGCAUGCCUCACUGCUAUAAAAGCAAGACAAGAGCUUAUAUUUUGCAUACUAGUAGCAGGAGCACUAGUGUUAAAAUGAUAUCUGUGAAUAUAUUAAACUUUAUUUUAAUGUGCUUUGUGUAUUUUAGGUAUUUUUAUGGCUUAACUUCAUAUAAAAAUGUUACUUGCGGUA